AUGUCAAUUGAUACUGCAAUCGUUGCUGCCAGUGCCGGUGAAGCCUCCAAUGUUCUCAGUCGCUUAUCAGCGUCACUGACUGGUGGCGGUGGUGUUGGUAGUGGUGGUAACACUGAAGCAGGAUCCACACUAGCUGCCGGAACGGCAUCUGCCACGACGGGCGAGCGGAAGCGUUUUUACUUUGACGAACAUGAAGAUGACAGCGGGGCCUCCACGAGGCUGCAAUUUGCCAGCCCCCAUCAUCAGCAACAGCGGGCACUGCUGCUGGGGGAAAAUAUCUCAGCAUCCACGAUGUACUCCAGCAUGGACCCCGGUAUCUACGAUCCAGUGGAAACGGACAAUAACACCAAUUUCUAUUACAUGAAUGGCAUCUCCAGCGUGGGGAAUUCCUUGGGGGUUAACAACCACAAUGGCACGCUUCCAUUUGCAGAUGACUACUACCAGACCUGCAUGGGCAUGCACGACGGUAACGCAUCCUAUCUGAAUGUGUCCUGCGAAACGAUCCUCAACUACGGCAUCCCGCUGUACGGUUACUGCACGCCCUUCUUCAUCCUCAUCACACUGACUGCCAACUCAUUGAUCGUGAUUGUUCUCAGCAAACGGAGCAUGGCUUCACCGACCAAUUUCGUACUGAUGGCAAUGGCACUGUGUGACAUGUUCACUUUACUUUUUCCGGCACCCGGCCUACUGUACAUGUACACAUUCGGCAACCAUUACAAACCGCUAUCACCGAUAGCUGCCUGCUACGUUUGGAACGCUUUGAACGAGAUCAUACCGGCUAUGUUUCACACAGCAUCGAUUUGGCUAACGCUAGCAUUAGCAGUACAGAGGUACGUCUACGUCUGUCACGCACCCAUCGCCCGAACCUGGUGUACGAUACCGCGGGUGAAGAAGUGUAUAGCCUACAUCUGUAUAGCCGCACUAAUUCAUCAGAGCACGAGAUUUUUUGAUCAAUCCUACAACCUAAUAACUAUCGACUGGAACGGCCACCCGACGGAAGUGUGUCACACCGAGACCUCCAGCUGGGUGCACGACUACGUCGGUGAGGAUGUGUACUACACCUUUUACUACUCGUUCCGGAUACUGUUCGUACACCUGAUACCGUGCGGCAGUUUAGUGGCGCUCAAUGUGCUGCUGUUCAAAGCGAUGCGACAAGCGCAGAAAAAACGCGAACGCCUGUUCAAGGAUAACGUCAAGAAGCGCGAGUGCAAACGUGUUCGCGACUCCAAUUGCACCACGCUGAUGCUUAUCGUGGUGGUAACGGUUUUCCUGAUCGUCGAAAUACCGCUUGCCGUCAUUACGGCUUUGCACAUCAUCUCUACGCUUAUCUACGAUUUCCUCGACUAUUACAUUGCCAACAUGUUCAUUCUGUUUGCCAAUUUUUUUCUCAUUGUUAGUUAUCCGAUAAACUUCGCCAUCUACUGUGGAAUGUCACGCCAGUUUAGGGAAACAUUUAAGGAAAUUUUCGUACCAAAGGCCAAACAAAUACCGGGUAGCAAAAAAGAUUGCGGAUCCUCGCGAUACUCACUAGUCAACGGUCCGAGAACGUUUACCAACGAAACGGUGCUUUAA